AUGGAUUCACAGCCGAACGGCGAGCAAGAAGAGAAUCCCCGUCAGGAUGAUUCAAGCGAAGAGGUUGAGAUGCAAGUCGAUCAGGUGCUGGAGGACGCGUUUGUGAGCACGUCGCAGGAGGAGGCACUGCAUCUGCAAGAAGGUUGGGAGGGUGUGACGGAGGAGGUCCCUUCUGAUGACGUGGCCAUGCCAGACUGGCACGAUGACGCCAUUGAUCUGACGUGGCAGAACAGCCAGCCAGUCUCGCCGCAAGGAGCUCAAUCCCAGGACUUCUCACAGCUAAUUUCUCAAGACAUCAAGCCAGAUAUCCAGCCAUUCGCCGCCUACCCACCUGCGGGGCCUCUUCCCGUGCCUGUACCCGAGCCUGCUGCCGAACCUGGAGAUGGUAGAGGACAGAAGACGAGGAGGCCCGGUGCAGCUGCGGCAGGUGGUGAGGAGGAAGUGAGUGGUCCGGGAGGAGCGGAAGAAGGGGUUGAGAGGGGUGGGAUGGCAGCAGCAGGCGGAGGAGCAAGGGAGCCGUGCACUGCUCACACUGGGCCUGGUGCUGACGUGGCUGGAGUGCCCGUUGCUGAUGUGGCCUGUGAGCCUGAUGCUGACGUGGCUCAAGUGGAUGAGGGCCCUGCAGAGGAGGCUCGCUGGCUAGCCACUGAUAGCUAUGGGUCGUUUGGGUGCAGCAGCGUUCAGCCCGUGACUCAGGAGUUCCCAGACUCUGCUGACCUCUUCCCCCUGCCUGCUGACCACGCUCACAGGCUGGGCGACGGGGACAAGGACGAUACCGCAGCUGAUUCUAUGGGGGACAAGGACAAUAACGCAGCUGCUUCAAUGGGGGACAAGGACAAUAGCGCAGCUGUUUCAGUGGGGAACAAGGACAAUAACGCAGCUGCUUCUAGUGGGAAUGCAGAGGAUAAAGCUGCUGAGCUGGAUGGGGGCGAGGAGGGGAAGGUGAUGAAGGACAGUAGUGCAGCAGAUAAUGACGGGGACGUGGGAGGUGCAGACAAACAGGGCAGCGCAGCAGUUGACAGUGGGGAUGAGGGCGGUGGGACAGGUGAAGAGGGGACUAGGGAGGGGCACGUGGGGAGGGAAGGCGAGGGGAAGGUGGGGGGAGCGAGAGGUGGGGAGGGAGAGGGCAGGCGAGGGGAAGAGGAAUUAAGUGAUGAGUGUGCUGGAGUGGGUGGGGGUGCGAAGGAAGUGGACGCGAGGGAGGAAAAGGGUGAAGAGAAGGAAGGGGAGGGGGGUGAUGGGGCAGCAGAGGUGCGGAUUGGAGAGGCGGGGGUGUCAAGCAUGGAGUUGGGGGGAGGAGGUGAAGGGGGCAGUGGCCAACAGGUGGGACGCGAGGCCGAGAGGGGUGAGGAAAUGGGGGCUGGGGUAGAAGAGGAGGAAGAGGUGGAUGGGGAGGAGGAGGGUGGAGGAGUAGUGGAGUUGGUUGUGGGAGACAAGGAGGGACAGGACGGAGGCGAGGGGAAGGAGACGGAGGAGGGAAGGGAGAGGAAUGAGGUGGAAGGGACAGAAGGGGCUGAGGAGAGGAAGGAGGAUGAGGAUGUGAGGCGGCAGAGAAGAGAAGCCGCAGAGGAGGAGGAGGAAAGAGCCGCAGUGCAAGCAGUGCAAGCUGACGCCGGCGACCUUGGCUUGAAGGCUGCAACACGGCUUCAUGUGGAAGGAGAAGGAGACGGUCCUGUGAGUCAGGUGAUGGAAGAUGAGAAUGAAACUCGGCAGGGGAUCAGGGAUGGCGAGGGGAAGGAGCUUGGGCAGGGGAGAGGGAAUGGUGUGGAGAAUGGGCAGGGGGGACGGAAUGAUGUGGAGGAUGGGCAGGCGGGAGGGGAUGAUGUGGAGAUGGCAGAAGCGGGUGUGAAGCCGACGUUUGAGGCGUGGCUGGCAGGGGAUGGGGCAGAGGAGGGCUCAUAUGAGACGCAGCAGACAAAGGAUGUGAUGCAUGUGUGCGCGGACGACUCUGCUGCUGCCGUAGCGGAUGUGCCAGCAGCUCCCCCUGCUGUUGAUGUCCCCAUGAAUCUUGAGCCAUCCGAAAAGUCGUUGGACACGCAGCAGACAAGGGAUGCGAUGCAUGUGGACGCGGAUGUCUCUGCCGCCGCCCUUGCGGGUGUGUCUGGAGCUCCCUCUGCCAAUGAUGUCCCCAUGGCCCUGGAUGGUGAUACAGGCAAAAAGGGGGAGGUGGAAGGAGCGAAGGAGGCAGAGGGAGAAAAGGAGGUGCUGGGAGAAAAGGAGGUGGAGGGAGAAGAGGAGCUGGAGGGAGAGGAGGACGUGGGGAGGAAUGCUAAAGCGAAAGAACGUGGGCAGGAGGAGGUGGAGGAGAAGAGGAGGGCGGAGAGGGUGGGGGGUAUGAGUUCAGUCUAUGGCACUUUCACCCGCUUUGCCAAGAGCCUCUUUUCUGGUGGCUCCAGUGUCAACGCCGGGGGUGGCAUUGGUGGUGGCGAGGGCGAGAGUGCUGGUGGUGCCGCUGCAAGUGGCUAUGAAUCGCAGGAAGACAGAGGAGAGAGGGACGGGUGUGUUCCUGCUGCUGCUGCUGCUGCAUCCACAGGGGCUGAUGUUGCUACAGCCACUGCUGAUAUUGCUGCUACUGCUGCUACUACUGCUGCUGCUACUGCUGCUACUGCUGCUGCUAUUACUGCUACUACUGCUGAAGUUGUUGCUGUUGCUGACGAGGAGACGCAGGACGGAGAGGGGUUGGUGCUAGUGCCAGACGAAGAGGAAUUGCAUAGGGCACAGGAGGAGGACGGGCAGUGGACAGAGGCGUAUGACACCCAGGAGACACAUGGAGCUGAAGUGCAGGAGACGUCUGUUGAGAAGCUGACUUCUGAGUUGACUCAAAAGUCAGAGGGGGUGGCGCUCGGGGAAGAGGAGGCGGAAUUGCUGAGGACACAGGAGGAAAAGGACGUGCAGUGGACAGAGGCGUAUGACACCCAGGAGACACAUGGAGCUGAAGUGCAGGAAUUGUGUGUUGAGAAAUCCCAAGAAACGGCUGCAGCAACAGGGCAUCGUAACGCAUCGCCUGCAGCAACAGAGCAUUCUCACGAAUCGCCUGCAGCAACCCAGGAGAGAGAUGGCGUUGAAGCCCAGGAGAUGGAGGAGGAGGAGGAAGGGCAUGAGGAGCAGGCAGAGGAGGUGAACGAAGCAGACACAGAACAAGGGGAUGAGGUGGGCUCAGAGGAAGCGGAGGUGGUGGUUGUUGUGGGAGGGGUGAAUGGGGCUCAAGAGAUAGCUGAGGGGGAGCGGGAGAAGGAGAAGGAGAAGGAGGAGGAGGGAGUGGAGGCGGAUGAGGAAGGGGAGAGGUUGUUGGUGGGCCGUGAGCCUGGGGUGGAUUCGGGAGGAGGAGGAGGAGGAGGAGGAGGAGGAGGAGGAGGAGGAGGAGGAGGAGGAGGAGGAGGAGGAGGAGGAGGAGGAGGAGGAGGAGGAGGAGGAGGAGGAGGAGGAGGGGGGGGAGGGGAGAGAAGUGCAGGUGAGGAGGAGGAGGCAGAGUUAGUGGUGGAAGUGGGGGGGACGGGAGGGGGAGUGAGAAUGGAUGUGGAGGAGAUGGGAGGUGGGGCAACAGGGGUGGUGGGUGGGGAGGAACAAGAGGUAGCCAGAGUAGCAGUUGAGGGGGAAUGGGUGAGAGAGCAGGUAGGAGUAAUUGGGAAGAGGCGGAGUGAAGAGAAGGGCGCAGGGGAGGACAGGCAGACAGCACAGACAGGCUUGGCUGUCCUUGGUCGUGGCAGUGGCAGUGCACGUGGCGGCGAGGGGAGAUCUUUUGAGGUACGUGAGAAGCAGGGGACCAUGGCUGGUGCUGACAGUGCUGCUCGUGCUGGGAGUGAGACGCAGGACGAGGCGGUGGCUCCUGAAGAAGGGACGGAAUCAAAGGGGGGAGAGGAAGCGCAAGGAGUGCAAGAAUCUGAGGGGCGAGGGUUAAGGGGAGGGGAGAACAAAGGAGCAGGAGAGGUUGGAGCGAGGGAGGCAGGAGAACGAGCGUCAGCUGCGAAAGGUCCAGCGGCUGUACUACUCAGCAAGCAGAUCUCAGGCUUUGACAUGUCAGCAAGCGUGGCAGUGGAUGUGCCGGGAGUAACCGCUGCCACUGCUGACACGAUAGCUGAGGCGCUAGCUUCCAAAAUGACUGCUGAGGUGGCGGCAGCCAUUGCUGCAGGGCUCAGUGGGGCCAACAAAAGGCCAGGUUCUGCCGGCCAGGAUCAGAGCAGCGCGAAGGAAAAGGACGGGAGACGCAGUCCGGUGGAGGAUGGGAGGAUUUUCGCCAAGGAUGGAGAUGUGCUCUUCAGAUCGUCUCGAUUCGCAGUAAUGGCGGGAUUGGGUGAGGGUUCAGAAGAGGAAGAGCUCGAGUUUCGAGUGGAGGUGGUUGGGAGGAGGAGGAAGAGCACUGGGAGCCCUGCUAACACACCCACGACAACUCUGAGGGAAGGCAGGGGGCAUGUCAGGAAUGAUGAUGCUGAGGAGGGUGGUUUGCAGGAAAGGCCGCAGGUUGCAAGCGAGGGAAGAAAACGAGCCCGUGGGCUGAAGCAUGAACGGAGGAGUGGGCGCGAGGAAGAGAAGAUUGAGAGGCUACUGUUAGGUGAACCAGUGUCAGGAGGAGGUGGCGCCAUGGAUCCUCCCCGAGCCUCCACUGGUGGAAAGCCAGCUAGAGUCUCUGUGUUUGCUUUUAAUGAGGGUGUGGGUGGUCCUAGCGCUGGUGUUCUGCCGGUCACUCCAAAUGCUCCAAUUGCCAGCGCCACUCCUGCUGACACACCUACGACAACUCCAAGGGAAGGCAGGGGCCAGGCAGGGAAUGAUGCUGAGGAGGGUGAUUUGGAAGGAAGACCGCAGGUUGCUAAUGAGGGGAGAAAACGAGCUCGUGGGCUGAAGCAUGGAGGGAGGAAUCGGCACGAGGAAGAGAAGAUUGAGGGGCCACUGUUAGGUGAACCAGUGUCAGGAGGAGGUGGCGCCAUGGACCCUCCCAGAACCUCCACUGGUGGAAAGCCAGCUAGAGUCUCUGUGCUGGCUGGUGGUGAGGGUGCAGGUGGUUCCAGUGCUGGUGUUUCGCCGGUCACUCCAAAUGCUCCAGUUGCCAGCGCUGCUCCUGCUUCUGCGCCGCCUCCAAUCAGGAAGAAGUGGUGGCAGCAUUUGUACGAAUCACUUGAUGGCCGAGAAACGGGCAGGCAGGAUAGCACAGGAGCGGUGUCUCGGACGAAUGAUGCUGCAGAGAUCGAUCCAUCGUGGGACCUUCUGGAUGUAUUGAUGAAUGCAGGGGUAUCCCUACCACUGCCAGCGCGAAGGAAUCAGCACCGCACACAGUUUUGA